AUUAGGUCGGUCAGCAGGGAUAGAAUCACAUUGAAACUCCCUCAAUUUGUAUUUCACACUAAAUUUCAGAGACACAAAUUUAAAGACUAUCUCUAAUUUGAUCGGAUUUGGCGUCACGUUGUUGAAAAUGCAGCCGAAGUCCACAUUUGCUGCUAAACAUGCUCUAUUUCUGCCUCAAGCUUGCAACCGCAGCCAAAUAUUACACCAUCAAGUGACUCAAAAUCCUCCGUCCAGCCCUCCACGGGGCCACUUGGCUCGACCACUCUGGUCUCGAUUCCAAAUAAGGCUCACGUAACCCCCUCUGAAAGCAAGCGGCGACACAAUGCCACGGCUCUUUUUUAAGCCCCUGGUCCAUGCGUCUCUAUGACCUGACGCCAGCUGAGGGGAGAGAGGGGGAGGGCUUGGUUUGCAAACGCUACAGAGUGAGAGGGGGUGUAGCUACUGUAGCAGAGUCUUGAGAAAGCAGGGGCGUUCAUCGGUUUUUCUCCACCCCCCAUCUCUCAAGCGUAGGAGAAACCCAACACCUCAGGCAGGAAUGGGAGUAAAAAUAGAGCUUUGGGGUGUGGUCUCCAGUCUCACAAAUGUCCUCCAGGGCUUUACCUCUGCACUCAAACAUUACUGCUGUGUGUUACAAAGCUGAUGACAAGACAGACUGAGCCUUGGAUGCAUGCAAACAGCAGCUAUUCACGCUACAAGGCGAUUAUAUAAUCCUGGAGUUUGUCCGUGUGAUUUGUGAUGAUCCUCCUCUCAGCUGUGAUUUAAAAUCAAUGGAAACAAAAGGACACAAAAGAUACUUUAAAAAUAUAAACACUUAAUCUUUUGACAUAUUUUCUUAAUUUUUGUUCCUUAAAAGACAUCAGAGAACGUUGUUAAGUGCAAAGAACACAGUAAAAAAAAUCUCUGCUCAAUAUCAGGCAAUAUCAGCAGCCUUCACAUUUUUAAAAAUACAUGCUGAAACAGUUCUUCACUGCGUACGAGGAGGCCUCUGUGUGGGAACUAAUCAUUCACUGCAGUGAUAUUUGUGACGCAGACUGCAUCCCAAACAUUCAGUGCAGAUAAAAAUCCAGCAUAUGGUCCAGAGACAUAAAAAGGAGCAGUUUCAGAAGAAGGGAAAGACAAAGAAAGACAGGGGAGGUGAAGGAAGAAAGACUUUUACCUCCCCCUGAAGGAUAUCUCGUUGACUGACAGAGUCUGGAUGUCAUUCCCAGUCUUUCUCCUUGUACUUGGUGCUGUAAUAAAUGUACGAGAUGCACCUUUAAAUCGCUUUGCAGAAGACGAAGAAGAAGAGUGGAGUUGUUGUGCAUAGAAUCAUUUGUAAUGAGACAUGUUUUUGAUGGUCAUACUCAUAAUGCAUCACAUCCAUCAGCUCCACAGUACGGUCAAUUAAAACCAAACUGAAAUAAACGUGCAGUGUCUUUCUUCUGCACGCCUCUGAAUGUGUGUGUGAUGGUGUUGCAGUUCUGUUUUUUAUGCAUGUACUGCUUUAAUAAUGCACCCUUUAUCCACGCUGCUAUCAGCACCAUGGAGAGCUCUGAUGGAGACAGAAAGGUUAGUGAAGCAGCGCGGUGCUCCGGUCAUUAAACCUCUAUUGAGUGCUCAGCUGAGUCUUAAACUCUGCACAAUAUGACGUAUUAAAAUCAUUUUCCACCCCUAAUUUCACCCCCAUUAACUCUCUUUAAAUCCAGCUUCAUACUGAAGGUGUAAAAGUCACUGAUUUAUUUUAAGGUGAGGUGUUCAUUACACUGCUCAGGUUAAGUUUUCAGGACCUGUCCUUCAAGAAGUCGCCAGAAUCCUCCUGAAGUUCAGAUCUUGACUAAGCCGAGGACUUCUCAUUCACAUAUCUGACCGGAACCAACUUUCAGGCUGAUUUUGCUCCGCUGUUAUUUAACCAUAAGAGGAGGAGCAGGGUUUAAAAAUACCAGCUUGUAAAUGAUCUCUCUGGGAUUGGAGCCCCUCUGAAGCGGGACACUAGGUAGCUGAGUUUCUGCAUUUUCUCUGCUACUGCAACCAUGCCCCUCCGCCUUGAACCGGACCCUUUAAAAUCAAAUCAAUUAAGCGUACUUUCGUUAAUGGGAGUGAGUUCAGAAUGAGUUUUAAAUCUUAAGACUGAGCUCACAGUCUUGACACAGUUAGUCCUCAGUCUAAAUUUAGCCCCGUCCCCUUCUAAAGGCCUACUCCCACAGCUCCGAUGGCGCGCAGCUCUCCUUUCCGUUUGCCCUAAGAAAGUUAAAGAUGUUCCAACGUGUCAUCUGAUCCGCCUCAUUAGCAUACGUGACAUCACAUGCCCGGGAUAAAUAAGAAGGGGGCUCCAACCAUGGCUCAGGACCACUCUGUCUCGGGAGUCAAGCUUCUCUUCUUCUCUCUUUCCUCCAGUGCCAACUCUCCAAAAUGACUGAGUUCUCAGCGGACCAGAUUGAGGACUUCAAGGAGGCUUUCGGUCUCUUUGACAGAGUCGGUGACAGCCAGGUGGCCUUCAACCAGGUGGCUGAUAUCAUGCGUGCUCUGGGCCAGAACCCCACCAACAAGGACGUUGUCAAGAUUCUGGGCAGCCCAUCCGCUGAUGACAUGGCCAACAAGAGGCUCAACUUCGAGGCUUUCCUGCCCAUGCUGAAGGAGGUCGACGCCAUCCCCAAGGGCUCCUACGAUGACUACGUUGAGGGUCUCCGCGUCUUCGACAAGGAGGGCAACGGCACAGUCAUGGGCGCUGAGCUGCGUAUUGUGCUUUCCACCCUGGGAGAGAAGAUGACUGAGCCCGAGAUUGAAGCCCUCAUGGCCGGCCAGGAGGACGAGAACGGCAGUGUGCACUAUGAGGCUUUCGUCAAGCACAUCAUGUCUGUGUAAGAGGCCAGCAGGAAGAGUGCUGAAGAAACUGUAGCUCACCUACAGACAGCCGACAGUGUUCAGGACAUCGACGCUGUUGUCAAAGACCAACCAAGGAAAGACAAGGACUAUGUACAAGGGAUGUUGACGCAAACCCAUCUUGUUGUUUUAUUUUGUUUUCCUUUCUAUUCGUCUCAAACCCUCCUCUAUCUCGGGACAACGCCAUCUCUCCAAUGUAGACCCCCAUCACUCGGCCUCAACUCCCCCCCACCCCCGGGGCACGUCUCCACUUCCCGCAUGAGGUGAGGAACGGGGGAGAAGGGGUGACCGCUCAUCAAGUGAGGGUAGAUCCCUAACCUUCCCACCGCCACCUCAUUCAGUCACGCCAUCACUGGCCCAGCAAUGCCAAAGGUGCUGGAGAAAGUUUGUGGAUAGACCGCCAAACGUCUCCCACUUCCCUGACAAGUUUUAUUUAUUGUCACUCUGUUCAUGUCAGAAUAAACUUUUCCAACGUACAUCCCA